GAUCCAACCCGCGUGGUCAGCCCAGUCAUCGACAUCAUCAACAUGGACACAUUCGCCUACGUGGCAGCGUCCGCUGAUCUCCGAGGAGGUUUUGAUUGGAGUCUCCAUUUCAAGUGGGAGCAGCUUUCACCUGAAGAGAGAGCCCUCCGAACCGACCCGACCCAGCCAAUCAAAACUCCCAUCAUCGCAGGCGGGCUCUUCGUGAUUGACAGGUCCUGGUUCAAUCACCUCGGUAAAUACGACACAGCCAUGGACAUCUGGGGCGGAGAAAACUUUGAGAUCUCGUUCCGGGUGUGGCAGUGCGGAGGCAGUCUGGAGAUCCUGCCCUGCAGCAGAGUGGGUCACGUCUUCAGGAAGAAACAUCCGUACAUCUUCCCCGAGGGCAACGCCAACACAUACAUCAAGAACACGCGUCGAACAGCUGAGGUGUGGAUGGACGACUUCCGCCUUUUUUACUACUCCGCUCGUCCUGCGGCGAGGGGAAAAUCCUACGGCGAUGUCCGUGGCAGAGUGGAACUCCGCAAGAAGCUCAAGUGCAAAUCCUUUAAGUGGUACCUGGACAACGUCUACCCAGAGCUCAAGGUCCCGGACGACUCUGACUCUCAGUCCGGGGUGAUCAAACAGCGGCAGAACUGUCUGGAGUCUCGCAGGGUGGAGGGCCAGGAGCAGCCCGUCCUCACGCUGGCCCCCUGCAUAGGAACAGAGGGGGUCCCAGCCAUCAACCAGGAGUGGGUGUACACACGGGCAGCAGAUCCGUCAGCAGCAGCACUGUCUGUCUCUGUCUACCACCUUCCCUGCCUCCCAGGUCCUGCUGCUGCCCUGCAACAUGGCCGACGGCAAACAG